CGAUGCACUCACACUCUGUUCUUUAGCUUGCGGCAGAAGGCACCUCGAAUGCACCUCGCCCCGUCGUCAUCGGAGGAGUCCAGAAACUUUGAUCGGAAACUUCGCCGGUGAAAGUGAUAGGGGAGAGAGAGAGAGAGAGAGAUGAGGCUUUCCGUGAAGACUCUCAAGGGAACCAGCUUCGAGAUCGACGCCAACCCUGGCGACACGAGCAUUCAGUUCAACGGAUUAAUUCACCAAUCUGGAAAAGACGCAUUGAAACGUUGUUGAUGUUAAAAAAAGUAUUGAGACAUCUCAAGGAGAAUCUGUUUAUCCAGCUGGGCAGCAGAUGCUUAUACAUCAAGGAAAAAUCCUAAAAGAUGAUACUACAUUGGCGGAUAAUGAAGUAUCUGAUAAUAGCUUUCUUGUUAUAAUGCUAAGCAAGACUAAGGGUUCAUCUAGUGGAGUAAUGACUGCAAAGGGUUCAUCUAGUGGAGUAAUGACUGCAAAAGCACCUUUAAGUCAGGCUCCACCCACUAAUACAGCUGCCCCAGUCCAUUCAGUUCCAGCAUCUGUUCCAUCUCAAACAUCUGCAUCAACAUUAUCAAUAGCACCCAUAGAUACAGCAACCCCAACUGCCACUGCUACCACAGCCUCAAUAACUAGCAACCCCACUGAAGAUGAUCCUUACAGUCAAGUUGCAUCAAAUCUUGUUGCUGGUGGCAACUUGGAGCAAACCAUCAAACAAAUUCUUGACAUGGGUGGGGGGGCUUGGGAAAGAGACACUGUUAUUCGUGCCUUGCAUGCUGCAUAUAAUAAUCCUGAGCGUGCAGUCGAAUAUCUAUACUCUGGUAUUCCUGAGAAUGCCGAAGCCCAAACCCUUGCACAGGUACCUCCUAGCGGGCAAACUCUCAGUUCUACAGUCGAAGCUCUGCCAUCAGUUCAGUCUUUGGUUCCUUCUAGUGGUCCUAAUUCUAGCCCUUUGGAUCUCUUUCCCCAGGGCCUUCCCAAUUUUGGAUCAAAUGCUGGUGGGGGCAGCCUUGAUUUUUUGAGGGAUAAUCCACAGUUCCAAGCUUUGCAGGCUUUGAUCCAGGCAAAUCCACAAAUCUUACAGCCCAUGCUGCAAGAGUUGGGGAAACAAAAUCCUCAGUUUAUGAGGAUCUUUCAGGAACAUCAAGGAGAGUUCCUUCGAUUAUUAAACCAACCUGCUGAGGGUACUGAGGCUGAGGGAAAUCUUCUCGGUCAAUUGGAUGCUGCAAUGCCAGAAGCCCUUGUUCUCGUCACUGAUGAGGAGCGUAUAGCCAUUGAACGUCUCGAGUCAUUGGGCUUCAGUCGCGCUGCUGUGUUGCAGGCGUUCUUUGCUUGCGACAAGAACGAGGAGCUGGCCGCCAACUAUCUUCUGGAUCAUAUGCACGAGUUUGAGGAAUAAUCCG